UUAUAUCACUUGCUGGAAAACGCACUCAGAUUUCUUAUGAUCUGUUUUAUAGAGUUGAAUGUAUAAUUUCCUUAUUUGUAAUAUUUACAGAGUUAAAUCUAAGAAAAGUCCUAAGGUGAAAGAGCACAUUCCACGUUCCCAUUUCCUAACUUCUAACUUCUAACGGCGCACUAACGCACUUACUUUCUAUAAAAGUACUAAAAUGCCGCCAAAAAAUCCUAUUUGGAAUUAUUUUGUAAAAAGUGAUACAGUUGCUAAAUGCAAAAUCUGCCAGUUAAAUGUAAAAACAUCUGGAAAUACAACUAAUUUACAUUUCCAUAUGAAUCGAUGUCAUCCUGAUGUUCAGAUGGAGAAAUCUACAGUAUUCGUCAAGACAAAAAGACAAAUAUCCGAAGUAGACAACGAAGAUAUCAUUGACCUUGAUGACCCAGUCUCAUCUCCGGGACCGUCUACGUCUAUAUCAUCAGAAACAGAAACGCGAUCGGUAUCAGUUUUACGAAAUCCAAUUGUUUCCUCCAAACAACCUCGAAUUGACUCAGCAUUUGCAAAACAAAAAUCAUAUCAAGAUGGAGGAUCCAAAGCUGCCGACGUGACAAACAAAUUGCUGUUUAUGAUUGCUAAGGACAACUUACCAUUUCGUGUGGUUGAAAAGGAGGGUUUCAAAACCUUCAUGAAUGCAAUAUUGCCAUUAUACACGGUUCCUAGUAGGAGGACCAUAACUCAUCUCAUGGAAGAGAAAUACGAGGUCUUAUCAAAUAUGAUGAAAGCAAAACUUUCACAAGUAAAUUAUUUAUCUUUAACUACUGAUAUUUGGACUGAAUCAUUAAAUAUGAAAAGUUUUCUGGGCUUAACGGCACACUUCUUAGUAGAAGAGCAACAUAGAUCUGUCACAAUUGGCGUUGUUGAGAUGACUGAAAGACACCAGUCCGAGUAUUUGAAAAAUUGGCUAUUAAAUUUAAUAGAUACAUGGAAUAUACAAAGUCAAAAUAUUGUAGCCGUUGUGUCAGAUAAUGCUGCUAACAUAAAAAAGGCUAUUGUUGAUGCCUUCGGUGCAGACAAGCAUUUGCCAUGCUUUGCGCAUACCUUGAACUUAGUUUUGGCGAGAAUUAUUGAUGACGAUAAUAUCGUAAAAGGUUUCUGCGCAAAAAUAAAAAAUAUUGUCACCUAUUUUAAAAAAUCAGUUAUUGCUGCAGAUCAAUUACGUAUUCAUUCGAACUUAAAGUUAAUCCAAAGUGUUGAAACACGGUGGAAUUCCACGUAUAAUAUGCUACAAAGAUUUAUACAAUUGUCCGAAAAAAUUAGUGUCAUUAUUUUGCAAUGUCCUACGGCUCCUCCGAUGCUAACUGCUUCGGAGUUACAAUCGACUAAAGAAUUUGUUGAGUUGCUAAAACCAUUUGAAGAGGCAACAAAAAUCAUAUGCGGCGAGUAUUAUCUUACUGCGAGUAAAGUAAUUCCAGUUGUCAAUAUUUUAAAGAAUACAUUACAGGCGUUUGAACCUUCUACUGAUAUAGGUCAUCACUUUAAAAAGGCGUUAAAAGAUCAGUUAAGCAAAAGAUUUGAAACUAUUGAACACGUAUCAUCGUUAGCUAUGGCUACAAUUUUAGAUCCUCGAUUUAAAAAUAUUAAUUUUAGCGAUAAAGUUGCUUGCUCACAUGCUAUUAAUAAAAUUACAAGGUUUGUAAAUUCUAAGGUUACAGAUAUUAACCAUGAAUUUCAAAGUCAACAAGAAAAUUCAGAUAAUAAUGAUAAAACAAAUUUUUGGUCCUAUCAUGAAAAUCUUGUAAAUUUAAAUAUAUCUAAACAGAUAGUUAAUCAAGAUCCUAACCAAAUGCCAGAGGACUUUCGUUACUAUCUGAAUCAACCACCGUUAAAAAUGAGUGAUUAA